AUGGAUUCUUCGAACUCUAAUUCUACCCAAGCAAAUAGCACUAGUGCCACUUCUUCAAAAACUAGGGAGGAAGAAUUUAAUCAUUUGUGGAGAUAUGUAACUAAACUUGAGAAAACUGGAGAAGGAGGGGGUAAUUGUAAAUGGAUAUGCAAUUUUUGUGGACAAGAAAAGCAAGGGACUUAUACUAGAGUGAGGGCUCAUUUAUUGAAAAUCACUGGAAAAUGGAUUGGUGUGUGUAAAGAAGUGAUGAAUAAUAGUAUUUCUGAAAUGAGGAAACAAGAGGAUGAGGCAACAAACAAAAUUACCAAUUCACAAUCUAGGCGAGUUUCUUUGCCUAUUAGUAUAACUUCUGUUCCUUCAUUGAAUAUAACUGAACCAAGUAUUUCAGCAGCUUUGAAGAAAAGAAGAGUUAAUGAUUCUCCUCUUGGUAGAGCUUUUGACUUGCAAACUAGAGCUCAAUUAGAUGUAGAGAUUACUAGAAUGUUCUACACUGGGGGUCUACCUUUUAAUUUUACUAGAAAUCCUUAUUAUGUGAGUUCUUAUUCUUUUGCUGCUAAUCAUGUUUUGGGUGGUUAUAUGCUGCCUGGUUAUAACCAAUUGAGAACCACAUUAUUUCAGCAAGAAAAAACAAAUGUAGAGAGGUUGCUUGAACCAAUUAAAAGCACUUGGUUAGAAAAGGGUGUUAGUAUUGUGAGUGAUGGAUGGAGUGAUCCCCAGAGGAGGCCUUUGAUUAAUUUUAUGGUUGUUUCUGAGUCUGGCCCCAUGUUUAUCAAAUCUGUAGAUUGUUCUGGUGAAGUGAAAGAUAAGCAAUUUAUUGAUAAUUUGCUAAAAGAAGUAAUUGAUGAGGUGGGUCAUCAAAAAGUGGUACAAGUCAUUACUGAUAAUGCUUCAAAUUGUAAAGGUGCUAGAGAAAUCAUUAAGAAAAUGUUUCCACAUAUUUAUUGGACUCCUUGUGUUGUGCACACUCUUAAUCUUGCUUUGAAGAAUAUAUGUGCAGCAAAAAAUUUAGAAACUAAUCAAGAAACUUAUGAUGUGUGCACUGGAUCACUGAAAUCCAUGGGGAUGCUUUGCAAAUCAAGAAUUUUAUAA